UAUUGGUUUCGAGUCAUUUCAGUAGCUUUGGUCUUUUCGAACUCCACACAAAAAUUUGAGUCAUGAUUUCAAACUGAUUUGCAUAUAUUCUCGUAUUCAAAAUAGAAUUGAGGAACAAUAAUCCUGCGGUGAAAAGCUUGUUGAGCUCAAUUCCUCGAAGUGCCGUUCUCUACCCACAUUUCCUCUGAAGCUGGGUAAUCCGGAAUUUUUCUCGUGGUCUUCACCUCAAUUCUUCGAAAAAACAUUGGGUGCGAAUCUAGUUUUGUUAUUAGGUAAGGUUAAAGUUGCCAGAUUUGCAGUCGGCAACGGUGAUCACGAUGCAGGGAGCGAUGGCGACGCAGCUACGCCGCUGCAGGAAGGCUUUGCUCGUGGUGGGCUACUAUCAAAAUCUCUGUUGUCGGUCGAUGCAAACUGUUUCAGCUGCCCAUUCUGAUACAUCGCUGAAGAGAGAUGUUCCCGUGUGCGUGGCGCCUACAGUGGAGGCGUUCAUGCAUGGGUGCUAUGCGGCGCAGACUCCUAUGUUGAUACAAGGCGCUAUGGAUACAUGGGCACCGAGAAAAUGGACACCAGAGUCGUUGAAGAAUAAAUUCGGACAUUUAAGUGUUCCUGUUGAGCUAGGUUUUUGGAACGAGGAGGAAAGGAGGUGGGGAGAUUAUCGGGACCUUUACAAAGAAGACGUCACCCAUGCUGGCUCAAAGGAGUAUUUUAUGCCUCAUCAACCUAUGUUAUUAGCAGACUUUAUUGACGUUUUCAUGUGCAAAAGGGAAGAUCCUUCCUCACGACCACCACUUAUUGGGUACAUGGCUCAACAUCAAGGACUUACUGAAGUGGCAGCUGACAUACCGGACCCAGAGUAUGUAAAAGUCCAGCGGGGAGUUGAUCAAAGAAACCUGUGGUUGGGUCCUGCGGGGACUGUUUCACCACUUCAUUAUGAUCCAUACCAUAACAUUCUGGCUCAAGUCUUUGGAACAAAGUACAUUCGCCUUUAUGCUCCUAAAGAGAGCUCCAGAUUAUACCCUUUCACAUCAAAUAUGUUCCUCCGCAAUACUUCACAGGUUAAUCCGGAGGAUACCCACACAUAUCAGACAUGGCCAGAAUUUCAGAAAGCUGAGUUUUGGGAGUGUAAGUUACGUGCCGGCGAGAUCCUUUACAUUCCCUUGAAGUGGUGGCAUUACGUGAGGGCGGAGAGCAACAGCCUGUCUGCAAGCUUCUGGUGGUCUUGAGAGGCAUCUAGUUCUGCAUGUUGUCCAACGUAUUUACCACGGAUGAUUGAAUGGCAUCGAGAUGAAUAAGUCUCAGUAAAAGGAAAGCAAAUUGAAAAGUGCGAGAAUGAGUCUAAGUUUGCUACCACAAGAAUAUUGUCUGGUCCAUCAGAAAAAAAACGUAUAAUCUUUCGAGGGUGCAUAAUCAGAUGCAAUAAUAUUCGGAAGCUAAUGCGAACUCAUUGCCAUCCAAGCAUUGUAACUUGGUGUGUUAACUUCCAGCCUACCCUAUUUUAAUUUAUCCCCAGAUAUGCAAAGCGUGUUAUAUGCGGCAGAACAAGGUU